CCCAACCAUCAACUAUCGUUACCCAAUGCGUUUACCAUCAUGACCAUCGACACUUAGAUCGAAAAUCUUACUUUGUAUCAGUGACCGCUAAAUCUCUGGUGCUCCGUGGCUGGGGAUACACGAAAAACGUGAGCGUGGACUAUAGAGUCUUGUAUCAGCAUUUGCCAUAGUUUCACGAAAUGGCUAAAUAUUCGAGUGAUUCGGAUACGGACAGAAGCAGUAGGCAUCAUAGAAAGCAUCACGCACGAUCCAGGUCUACGAGUUCAAGUUCUAGCGACAGUUCAUCUUAUCGCAAAAAGUCUAAACAUGCGAAGGCUAAAAGACGUCACCGCUCUCGCUCUAGGAGCAGAGACAAGGAAAGAUCAUCAAAAUCUUACAAAUCGUCGAGAGCAAGCUCCAGGGAGAGAGACCGGCGUCGUUACCAGUCUAGAAGAUCUAAAUCUUACUCACCUGAUAGAAUCAAGAAGAAAAUACGAUCUGUAUCAAGGGAGGAAUCGACUAGCCGCUCCAGUAGCUCUCAAUCAAAUGUGAAGUCUAUUGGCGCGGAAAAAUCACAGUCUUCUGCUGUUAAAGAUGAUUUCCCAAUCGAGCCAAGGAUCAAGGAGGCUAUACUGGAUGAAAUAAAUUCGGAUAGAUUUGUACCUAAGCAGUUCUCAUCGUCAGCUCAAAGUAGACAGACCAAAUCGAGCAAUAUCGUUAUCGACAUUACAGCAGAUACCAUCAAACUCCCAACCAUUGUUACGCUGACUGAUUCAUCGGACAGUAUCUUUCACACAUCGAUAAUGUGUGACAAUGAGGCCAGAUUUGACAAAUGGGUGAAGAAGUUAUACACUUUACGUCAAAAGGCAAUUGCAGAUUCAGCUCACACUAGUGUUACUUGACGUCUAAAUAAUCUAGUUAUUUGAAUGAAUUAUUAAUCAAUAAAUAAAUCAAUUGUUCUCCAAACGAAAUGUACAACUGAGGAACAUAUGAAUGGUAAUGUCUAAUACACGAAAUCAAACCUGUCUAUUUGCAGCUUCUAAAAUUUCUGAUAUUAUUGACAAUGAGUACAAGAUGUUUUUUUC